UUCUUGCGCUUCAAAUCUGGUCACACUGACCGACAACUGUUUGUCAGUUGGCGGGUUGGCGCCAAUUUUCUGUAUGUAUUGGAUAUGUAGUUUGUUAUUAAUUUUUCAUUAUUCGUAAAGCGUCAAUUAGGAAAAGUGUAUCAAUUAAUUCGCAAAAAUGUCAGACAAACGGAUUCUAGGCAAGCGAUUAGGACAAUGCGUUGGUCAAGAAGCAAUCGUGCUGGGUAGAAUUACAAUGAAAAGUACAGAUGGCAUGAGUACAGAAAUAACGACGACGGAUGAUGCUCGAAUUAAUGUAACAUUUCCUGAGCUACUUGACAACGAUGCAUCAAGCUAUAUAGAAGUACAUGGCACUGUAAAAUCAAAGUCUACCAUGUCUUGCACCAACUUUGUAUGUUUUCCUUCAAGUAUGACUAAAGAUUUCGAUGUAAAUGGCUAUAAUACUAUGGUGAAUAUGCUUUGUGCAGUGGGCAAUCAGUUGGAAGGAGUGUUUCAUGGUGAUUAAGAAUUCAGAAGUUCAUGAUAUAUUUAAAUUGUUUACUAUGUUCUAUUCUUUUUACAUUUUUGUACAUUCUAUUUGUCAUUCUUGGUAUAUAUCUUUUUCAUAAAAGUAACAAAGAAUGCCCUAAUGUAAAGGAAAUCACUGAGACAUGCAUUUCUUUGUCCAUGUUUAAAAUUGAUCCAAAUAGACGUGAUAAAUAUACAAAAUAUAUGAAACCCUA